UGUGCAGUGAAGCUGGCCAAGAUGGUGGGGUACGUGAGCGCGGGCACCGUGGAGUACCUGUACAGCCAGGACGGCAGCUUCUACUUCCUGGAGCUGAACCCCCGCCUGCAGGUGGAGCACCCCUGCACAGAGAUGGUGGCCGACGUCAACCUGCCCGCGGCGCAGCUCCAGAUUGCCAUGGGGAUUCCUCUCUACAGGAUCAAGGAUAUCCGAGUGAUGUAUGGUGUUUCUCCCUGGGGAGAUGGGGCUAUUGAUUUUGAGAACUCAGCCCAUGUCCCCUGUCCCCGUGGCCACGUCAUCGCUGCACGUAUCACCAGUGAGAAUCCUGAUGAGGGAUUUAAGCCCAGUUCUGGCACAGUUCAGGAACUGAAUUUCCGCAGCAAUAAGAAUGUCUGGGGCUAUUUCAGUGUUGCUGCUGCAGGAGGGCUUCAUGAAUUUGCUGACUCUCAGUUUGGUCACUGUUUCUCUUGGGGAGAAAAUCGUGAAGAAGCCAUCUCGAACAUGGUGGUGGCUCUGAAGGAGCUGUCCAUCCGGGGGGAUUUCCGGACCACUGUGGAGUACCUGAUCAAGCUGCUGGAGACAGAGAGCUUCCAGCAGAACCGCAUCGACACGGGCUGGCUGGACCGGCUCAUCGCUGAGAAAGUGCAGGCUGAGAGGCCUGAUACCAUGCUGGGAGUGGUGUGUGGGGCCCUGCACGUGGCUGACGUGAGCUUCCGAAACAGUGUCUCAAAUUUCCUGCACUCUCUAGAAAGGGGCCAAGUCCUGCCUGCUCAUACUCUGCUGAACACUGUGGAUGUGGAGCUCAUCUACGAGGGACGGAAAUACGUGCUGAAGGUGACUCGCCAGUCUCCCAACUCCUACGUGGUCAUCAUGAACAGCUCCUGUGUGGAAGUGGACGUGCACCGGCUGAGUGACGGGGGGCUGCUCCUGUCCUACGAUGGCAGCAGCUACACCACCUACAUGAAAGAGGAAGUGGACAGGUAUCGCAUCACCAUAGGGAACAAGACCUGUGUGUUUGAGAAGGAGAACGACCCCUCCAUCCUGCGCUCGCCUUCCGCGGGGAAGCUCAUCCAGUAUGUGGUGGAGGAUGGGGGACACGUGUUUGCAGGGCAGUGCUUUGCAGAAAUAGAGGUGAUGAAAAUGGUGAUGACACUAACAGCAGGAGAAUCAGGCUGCAUCCAUUAUGUCAAACGCCCAGGGGCUGUCUUGGAUCCAGGCUGUGUGAUUGCCAAGCUGCAGCUGGAUGAUCCCAGCAGGGGUCAGCAGGCUGAGCUGCACACGGGCACCCUGCCACAGAUCCAGAGCACAGCACUUCGAGGUGAGAAGCUCCAUCGCAUCUUCCACUAUGUCCUGGAUAACCUGGUCAAUGUGAUGAAUGGGUACUGCCUGCCAGAGCCCUACUUCAGCAACAAGGUGAAAGGCUGGGUUGAGCGACUGAUGAAGACAUUGAGAGAUCCAUCUUUGCCUCUGCUGGAACUUCAGGACAUCAUGACCAGUGUUUCUGGACGGAUCCCACCCAAUGUAGAGAAGUCCAUCAAGAAGGAGAUGGCCCAGUAUGCCAGCAACAUCACAUCAGUCCUUUGCCAGUUUCCCAGCCAACAGAUUGCCAACAUCCUGGACAGCCACGCAGCCACCCUCAACCGCAAGUCAGAGCGUGAGGUCUUCUUCAUGAACACCCAGAGCAUUGUGCAGCUCGUACAGAGGUACAGGAGUGGCAUUCGGGGUCACAUGAAAGCAGUGGUGAUGGAUCUGCUCCGCCAGUACCUGAAGGUGGAGACUCAGUUUCAGCAUGGUCACUAUGACAAGUGUGUCUUUACCCUUCGAGAAGAGAAUAAAAGUGACAUGAAUGCUGUGCUGAACUACAUCUUCUCACAUGCUCAGGUCACCAAGAAGAACCUGCUCGUCACAAUGCUCAUUGACCAGCUCUGUGGCCGUGACCCCACCUUGACAGAUGAGCUGAUUAAUAUUCUGACCGAGCUGACCCAGCUCAGCAAGACGACGAACGCGAAGGUGGCCCUGCGGGCACGGCAGGUUCUCAUUGCUUCCCAUUUGCCAUCCUACGAGCUGCGCCACAACCAGGUGGAGUCCAUCUUCCUCUCUGCUAUUGACAUGUACGGGCACCAGUUCUGCAUUGAGAACCUGCAGAAACUCAUUUUGUCUGAGACAUCCAUCUUUGACGUGCUACCCAACUUCUUCUACCACAGUAACCAGGUGGUAAGAAUGGCAGCUUUGGAGGUGUAUGUUCGAAGGGCAUACAUUGCCUAUGAGCUGAACAGUGUCCAGCAUCGCCAGCUGAAGGACAACACGUGUGUGGUGGAGUUCCAGUUCAUGCUGCCCACCUCCCACCCAAACAG